GACACAUCCUACACAGAUUAAACAUUAGCCCUUGAGAGGAGGAGUCUUUGCUCGUAGAGCUCUUCAUCUAACUGUGAGCUUUGAUUACCUAAUGUGACAGAAACACAACAUGAGAUCAGGUAAAGUCGUCAACGCUGCAGAGACAUUUACAUUUAAUCCAAAAGAAGGGAUAGAUAACCCAGCGAUGGUCUUCACCGAUGCUCCAGAAUCUGGGUCAGCCCCCAGGCCUCGUCUCUGUGUCCUGAAACAAGACGACAAAGAGACGUAUGGCUUCAACCUGCGGCUGGAGAGUGGGUGUCGUGGACAUGUGAUCAGAAACGUGGUGCUGGGCGGGGUGGCACAGCGCAGUGGGCUUCAAGAUGGAGACAGACUUCUGGAGGUCAACAACUGUUAUGUCGACGACGUUCCUCACCCUGAGGUGGCAAGAAAGAUUAAACUCAGUGGCCAACAGUUAUGUCUGUUAGUGCUGGGUGGAGAGGAGUACGAGCAGGCUGUUUCACAAGGUCGCGACCUUCAAAGUCUGGUCAAAGUCCACAAGGAGGAAGGCUGCAAACCGCCCAGGCUCUGCCACAUCACCAAGGAUCAAAUCUCAAGUCUGGGUAUCAGCUUCUCACCCUUGGAAGGAGAGAAAGGUCGCUUCUCCGUGAACCUGGUGAAAGGAGGUGCAGCUGAAAGGGCGGGGGUGUGUAAGGGCGAUCGCCUCGUGUGGAUGAAUGGAGCAAUGGUGUCCCAUCUCACACACUCUGCCCUCACACGAAUGAUGAAAAAAUGUGGCACUAGCAUCACCAUCCUAGUGGUAGACAGUGAAAGUGAGAAGAUCUACAUGCAAAAGAAGAUGCCCAUCCUUCCAGCCAUGGCUGUCCCACACAAACUGCCCUUCAGAGCCAGGAAGCUCCACCUCAUCUCUGGACCCGAGGGCUAUGGCUUUCUCCUCCGGCUGGAGAAGACACCAUCAGGAAACACAUAUCAUGUUCUACGUGAGGUGGAACAAAGCAGUCCAGCAGAGAAGGGAGGUAUGAAGGAUGGAGAGAUCCUGUUGGAGGUCAACGGCGAGUCGGUGGAGUCUCUGAAGCAUGAAGAGAUUGUGGACAGAGUAAGACUGAGUGGAAAGAAGGUCUCCCUCACCUCGAUCACCCCCUCAGGGCUAGAUUUCUACACCAAGCUGGGUCUGUCUCCUCUUCUCUUCUGUGAAGACGAUGCCGCUGACAAAGAGACGGAAAACAAUAAACCGACUUCUGCCAAAGUUCAGGAAAGUAAAGAGUCGUGUGUUCCUAGAGUCUCUGCUGUUUCAGCAACCACUGAUGCCACAAAUGGAGAGGAAGAAGAUGGUUAUGAGAUUUCAGUUUUGUGAGUAGCUGUGAUGGGGAAUCACGAGGAGUUCUGCCAGCACCACCGGCCUUCUGAGAUUCAAACAAAACUGAACCAGAGAAUCCGUUCUUAAUUCCUUCCCAUAAGAACAGCAAAGGAAUGGGUCUCAAGAGCAACACUAACGGCAAAACAAUGAAAUAAGCUACACUUGAGUUCUUACACAGUUGACAUUGUACUAGUGGUGGUAUUUAAACUGCCUACUUGGGUAAAAUGCAUGAAUUUAUUUUCAACAGACACUCCACAACAAACUUCACUUUCCCUAAAAAAGGCUGAAUUACA